CAUCACCACUAUAAAAUCUCUCCCUCCACCUCUCUCUCUCUCUCAAAUCGCUUUCUCUUUCUAAAAUUCCUCACUCUAAAAGAGAACCUCAGAACCAGCUGCGAGGUGAGCGCUUUUCAACAGAUUUUCCGCUUCUUCUUCGGAGACGCAGAGAUGCAUAAUAAGGACGCUUGCUCCCCCUCCGCCAACGGCGGAUUCGGCGCCGUCACCGCCGGUCAAAUUUCGUCACCCGGCGGCGUCUACAGCUCACUGUACUCGGCCUUGUCGAACGACAGCAUUGCGUCACUCUCCGCGAACGGCGGUGGCGUUUCGCUGUAUCCGUACUCCGAGUCAACUCAGUACGACUCGGGCGUGAUUCAGAAGCACCAGGACAUGGUGAACCGUCACAGCAUGUGCCUGAGUCGCCUCGUGGAGACUUCGAAAGAGGUGGAGGCUCUGCGGCAAGAGAACGGCCAGCUCCGCGCGGCGAACAAGGAGCUGCAGAAGCAGCUGCACCUCGUCAUCCAGGCCUCGCUGGAGAACCAGUAUGGCGGNGGCGGCUCCUCCGGCCAGCCGCAACCGACGCUGUUUGAUGUGGCGCACAGCUUCCGCGGCCUGCACAUUGGAGAGGGUAAAGAGAACUGCGCCGAUUGGAAUAACAACAAUAACAAUAUUAAUAAUAGUCAUAACAACAUGAAUAGUAAUGGCAACAAGGAGCUGCAGGAAAUUUCAGACGAGAGUCCAACGAGCGUUAUUGAGAAUAACGUGGUGGAAGUGGAGAGGUUCUCUCUCCCUAAGAGCAUAUCUGUGAGGUCCAAUGGCUACUUGAAGAUGGCUCAGUCUGCGGCUCUAGCCGCCAACAAUAACGCCUCUCGCAACAAAGGUGCCACUCGUCCACGCACCUCCGCCACUCCACCUGAAGCCGUUCAAAAGGUAUAUGUGCGUGGAGGGCAGAAAGAGGAAGAGCCUCUUGAAAUGGUAGUGUAUAACCAAGGGAUGUUCAAGACUGAGCUGUGCAAUAAGUGGCAAGAAACUGGCACAUGCCCAUAUGGAGACCACUGCCAAUUUGCUCACGGUAUUGGGGAGCUUCGCCCAGUCAUCCGCCACCCACGCUACAAAACUGAGGUCUGCAGGAUGGUCCUUGCUGGGGUUGUCUGCCCUUAUGGCCAUAGAUGCCAUUUCCGCCAUGCACUUACUGAGCAAGAGAAAGCUGUCGUAUCACAGCCUAAGCCCAGAACAAUGAAGCUCGAAAGAUAGUCUGCUGGCCAGAGUAAACGUAAAUGGUACAUAAUAAUAUUCUUCAUUGUGUAAUUACAAACAUGGACAACCACCACCUAAAUAAUAAUUACUUUUCCAAUGAAAAGUAAGCCUAAAAUAACAAAAACAAAACAAAAAUAGGAGGCUUGCGGCAAGAUGAGAUCUAGAGCAGGAUUCUUGGGGGAGAAUGUGGUCAGUAGUCGUCGAUCGUGUCUUUCUUUUUUCUUCCCGUCAAGUUUGACAUUUUCAUUUUUGAACUUUACAUACAUAAUACGUCUCAUGUUCCCAAUCCAAGCAACCAAAGAGAAAGUAUUCUUUGUAAUCAUACUACUUUUUUUGGUUUUACUUUUUUUUUUUGGUACUUUUGCAAUGAUACCAUUUGAUACUUUGCAAAGAAAGCAACUUCUCAUUGCGGUUGUAA